AGAGUAUUGAUAUCUGAGCAACCAAACAGAUCCUAUCAUCUCCCCAAAACCAUCCCUCACCAUUGUCCAUUGUUCAACACAUCCUCAAUCCUUCUCCGCCCCGACAUCAACGUUCCCUAAAUUCAAAAAACCCAAGACAAAUAGUAAAUGAUCUUCUCUAAGCUCUCCAACACUAAACUCUUCUCUUCUCUCUCUUUUUCUUCUUCUUCUCAUCACAAUCCACCUAGAGCUCCAACCUUGCAAACUCUUCUGAAAAGUGGUUUCACUCCAACCCUGAAAGAUUUCAACCAAUUCCUUCUCUUUCUCUCUCAAACCCACAAAUUCAAAUCACUCAUCCACUUCUUCUCUCAGAUGAAAUCAAAUAAUAUCAAAGGUAAUGCUCAUUCACACUCAAUUUUCACCUGGGCUCUUCUCAAAGAACAUAAAUAUGAAGAGGCUGAGCAGCUCAUGAAGAACCAGAUGGUGGAUUCUUCGCUAUUGAAGAAAAAUCGCAUCUGGGACUGUCUGAUACAAGGGUUUUGUGUCAACAGAAAAGACCCAGAAAAGGCACUUUUGGUUUUGAGGGAUUGCUUGAGAAUUGAUGGUAUAUUGCCUUCUUCUUUUACUUUUUUUUCUUUAAUUCAAAGUUUUAGCUCUCAAGGGAAGAUGGAUAGGGCAAUUGAAGUGUUAGAAAUGAUGACUGAUGACAGGAUCAAAUACCCAUUUGAUAAUUUUGUUUGUAGUUCAGUGAUUUCUGGGUUUUGUAGGAUUGGGAAACCUGAAUUGGCAGUUGGGUUUUAUGACAAUGCUGAAAAUUCGGGUGCUUUACGGCCUAAUGUUGUGACAUAUACCACACUUGUGAGUGCUUAUUGUAGACUGGGUAGAUUAGAGGAGGUCUGUAAUUUAGUUUCUAUGAUGGAGAAGGAUGGAUUAGCUUUUGAUGUUGUAUUUUACAGUUGUUGGAUUCAUGAGUAUUUUAGGGAUGGAGUUCUUUGGGCGGCAUUACAGAAAUAUAGAGAGAUAGUGGACAGAAAAGUUGAUAUGGAUACCAUUGGCUAUACUAUACUCAUAGAUGGGUUUUCGAAGGAAGGAAAUGUGGAAAAGGCCGUAGGCUUUUUAAACAAGAUGAAAAAGGACAGGUUAACUCCCAAUUUGGUUACCUAUACCGCAAUCAUGUUGGGAUUUUGCAAGAAAGGGAAACUGGAGGAGGCGCUCGUGGUGCUUGAGAUGGUUGAAAACUCGGGCAUUAAAGUUGAUGAAUUUAUGUAUGCAACUUUAAUUGACGGGUUUUGCAGGAAAAGUGAUUUUGAUCAGGUGUUUCAUCUGUUAGAUGACAUGGAGAAGAGGGGUGUUAAUCCGAGUAUUGUUACAUACAACACUGUGAUUAAUGGGUUGUGCAAAGCCGGAAGAGCAUCCGAGGCAGAUGAGUUCUCAAAGGGGAUACUUGGAGAUGUUGUCACGUACAGCACAUUGUUACAUGGGUACAUUGAAGAAGAGAAUGUCAUGGGGAUGUUAGAAACAAAGAGGAGAUUGGAAGCAGCUGGAGUUUGUAUGGAUGUUGUUAUGUGUAACAUCCUUAUCAAAGCACUAUUUAUGGUGGGAUCCUUUGAGGAUGCUCUGGCAAUUUAUAAAGGGAUGCCAGAAAUGAACUUGGUUGCAAAUUCUGUGACAUAUUGUACUAUGAUUGAUGGGUACUGUAGAGUUGGUAGGAUCGAUGAAGCUCUUGAGAUAUUUGAUGAGUUUAGGGCAACAUCAGUUUCUUCAGUUGCAUGCUACAAUUGUAUUAUUCAUGGGCUCUGCAGGAAGGGUAUGGCAGGUGUGGCAAUUGAGGUAUUUAUAGAAUUCCAUGAGAGAGGUCUUGCUUCAGAUGUAGGUAUUCAUAUGAUGUUGAUCAAGGCAAUUUUUUCAGAAAAAAGUGAAGGAGGAGUUCUGAAUUUAAUAUACAGAAUCGAGAAUUUGAGGAGUGAAAUAUUUGAUACGGUAUGUAAUGAUGCUAUUUGUUUCCUAUGCAAGAGAGGCUAUUUUUACUCUGCAUGUGAUGUGUACGUGUUAAUGACGAAAAAGGGAUCAGUUGUCGAAAACAAGUCUUACCAUUCAAUCAUGAAGGCACUUAUGGAUGAUGGCAAAAAGUGGUUGACCCACCCUUUUUUGACCAUCUUGGUGAAAAGGUAUGGCAUUGUUGAACCAAGAUUAAGCAAGACACUAGUCCAUUACCUGUGCAUGAAGGACAUAAACAAUGCCAUUAAGUUUCUUGAUGUAAUGAAGGAGAAAAAAUUAAGUGUCACCUUUCCUGUUACUGUUCUUAGAACACUUACUAGGGAUGGUAGAGCUUUGGAUGCAUAUAAACUUGUCAUUGGAGGAGAAGAAAAUCUACCUGUUAUGGAUGUGGUUGAUUACUCGAUGGUGGUUGAUGGCCUUUGCAAGGGAGGACAUAUGGAUAAGGCCUUAGAUCUCUGUGCUUUUGCCAAAAGAAAGGGGAUUACCCUUAGCAUUGUCACUUACAAUUCAGUUAUAAAUGGGUUGUGUCGCCAGGGAUGUUUUAUUGAAGCAUUUAGGCUAUUUGAUUCAUUGGAAAAAAUUAAUAUGUUUCCAUCAGAGAUCACUUAUGCCACACUGAUUGCCACUCUAUCCAAGGAAGGGUAUUUAUUAGAUGCCAGGAAGUUAUUUGAAAGUAUGGUCCUCAAAGGCUUUAAGCCAAAAACACGUGUUUACAACUCAUUGAUUGACGGGUAUUGCAAGCGAGGUCAAAUGCAGGAGGCCUUGAAGCUUCUACUUGAAUUGGAGGAAAGGGGCCUUAAGCCUGAUGAAUUUACUGUUAGUUCUGUGAUUAAUGGCUGCUGCCAAAAUGGUGAUAUGGAAGGAGCUCUUGAAUUCUUUUUUGAAUUCGAAAGGAAAGGUUUGUUACCUGAUUUCUUGGGUUUCAUGUAUUUGAUAAGAGGCCUAUGUGCUAAGGGAAGGAUGGAAGAGUGCCGGAAUAUCUUAAGAAAGAUGCUUCAGACGCAAUCUAUUUUGGAUCUGCUAAAGAUAGCUGAAACUGAGGUUAAAACAGAGUCCAUAGAAAGUUUUCUUGUCUCUUUAUGCGAGCAAGGAAGUGUCCAAGAAGCCAUUAUGGUCCUGAAUGAAAUUGGAUCUAUAUUUUUCCCUAUUUCGAGGAGGUUUGGUGCUUACGAUGGGUCUGAAAAACUAAAGGAGCUUUGUGACAGUAGAGAUCUUGCUACAGUUGAUCCUAAGUCUUUAAACGCCACUUGUGAAACUGAUAAGGGAUUUGGAUUAAGUGAUGCGGAGGCAUUAGAGAACAUGGUGAAAGCACAUGGUAAUCUAGAUAAAAGAUAUCUAUUGCCUGACUUUAAUUCUUAUUAUGCCCUAAUUGCUUCACUCUGUUCAAGAGGCGAGUUAAAGAAGGCUAAUAAACUGGCAAAAAUGCUCUCUGAUCCAGAGAGAGGUUGCUAGUAAACCUGCAAUAGUGGCUUUUAGUAGCUGCAGCUCCCUUUAGUUUCAUUGUGGUGAACAAGAAACCAUGCAGGUACGCCCUGCAGAGGGCCCAUCCUUAGAGUCUGCUAAGGACUUCAAUGAACUUAAAGCAAUCUCCAGCCUUGGUCAUUUGAACAGUCAAAAACUUGAUCCAUCACGGCUUGGAGUUCACUCCGGGCCCCCCAAUGAUCAACUCCUGGCUCCGCCCAUUGGAAUAGGAGUGAAGUUCUCUUGGUGGUGUUUGAAGCUCAAAGCCACACAUCAUUCUCUACUUUUUGAUUGAAGUUCUCUCGUCGAGCUUCAGAUCUGUUUCGCCUACAUUUCAGCACGAACUCGCAUAAAGAUCAAACUGUUCUGUAAGGAUUUUGAUGGACGAUUUAGUGGUUUCAAGAUGAUAACCAGGUUUUGCAAGCUGGUAGGCACUCGAAUGGUUUAAAAAAGUUUGCAAUGGUCCCCAAAGGAUCAAAGGAGAAGCAAAUUUCCAAGAGGGAAAUUGAAUGGCCUGAGCAUUCACUAGCAUACUAAUAAAACAGUUGCAGGUUUGGAAUUCUAUGUUUGCUGUGGUUUGGUGUCCUUGAAGAAGAGGGGAUAUUCUCAAGUUGCAUCUUGCCAUAAGUUCUCUAUUUUCAACAAUCAAAGAAAGAUGACUUCUUUGUACUAUUGCAGGGGCAUGCAUGACAAGAUGCUUGAGGUACUUCAAUUAAAUAUCCUUGAGGCCUUUUUACGUAUGCCGCCUGUUCUGUAAUUUAUUUAUUUAUUUUUGAAUUCUAUUUAGUUUUACUUGCAGUGGUUGUCAUACUAGUGCAACAGGAUGGUGAGGGGUAAGGAUGAUAAUCAGGUUUUGGCAAGAGUUUCCAACGGUCAAGGAUUUAAAAUGAGAAAAUAUUAGGCAAUUUUAAUUUAAAUUUUUUUUUUUCCUCCAACGGAUUGUGCUUCAAGGCAAUUUUAUUUUAUUUAUUCUGUUCUGUGUAUUAAAUUUCUCUAAUGAAUUAUUGUAUUCGAUUGGAUUUAGACAUGCUGUUAUGAGAAAAUGAUAAGAUUUUUUGUUAUAAA